AAGAGAUGCGCCAAGCUCGGUCCCUGCCAAUGCUGUUUGCCAGUGUGCCAGAGCAGGGGAUCUGUGGCGCUGGGGAGGGCAAAUGGCAAAUAAGCUUCUGCUUGCCACGGUCAAGCUUCCCCGCCCAGUCGGGCCGUCGCAGCUCUGCGAGAGGGGACGGGCUGACGGGAUGGGACGAGAAGGGCAUGGCAUGGCAAAAGAAAAAGCAGAAAAUUCAAGCAUGCUAGCGAGGGAGGCUAACCAAAGAUGAUAUGAGAUAAACGGGCCAGGUCGUGGGAGCAUGGCAUGAUGGCACGAUGGCUACUGGUCUCGACGAUCCGGGCCAAUGGUUGGUUGGUAGGAUCAAGACCACGGCCGGUAGGCACAUCUAAUCUUAUCAGAUCACUCACGCUGGAGCUGGACUAGCCACUGGCCAUUGCUGUUUUUGAACCCUGGAUCCCGUCCGUCGUCCACUCUUUCCCAGCACCUGCAUCGGGUGGUGGGGAGCCAGGGGAGCGUUGCACGCCCAUAUGACCGACCGGCCAUGGUGCGUGGCUGCGUGGGUGGGUGGCAGGGUGGGCAGGUGGGUAGCAUGCCCCAACCUGGGGCCUUCCCCGUCCAUUACUAGUCGGCACGAAAACUCAGACGGUCUCUGGCCAGAGAUCGACCAAGUUGCAUUUGUGCACACAAGCGUCGGGCACAUUACAAGUAUGGCCUGCACCCCCGGUGUCUUAUCAAGCAGUCACGCCGCGAGUUGCCAGUGCCCGGCCUUCUCGCUCUCCUUUCUCUCCGCCACGCAACGCCCAAAGGUCCUCCUCGUUUUUCCUCCAAUGUCUGAUGGCCAAUAUAAUAAACAGGCCUCUAUAGACUGAGCACGCAGAAAGCCGCCCACCAUGAGGUUCCUCGACAAGUUCAAGCUGCCUCACGACACAAAUAUCGUCGCAUCAACAGGGCAUGAGGGUGCUCCCGCGGCUGACACCAAGAACGAGCACGAUGUGGAACAGCCCAGCGCCCCCGAGACAGACUUCAACUCGUCCUCAAGGGCUAGUCUAGAGGAGAUCAACGAGAAGGAAAUCCAGGCAAAUCCCGACCACGUCACCGCCGAUGCCGCCCUUGGUGUGCAGAAGGCUGAGGCCGCCGCUCUCGUCUGGCCGAGAUGGGCCCUGUAUGCGACCUACGGCUGGAUAUGGGUCUGUUUCUUCAUGUUGGCCCUCCAGCAGGGCACCACCGCCAUACUCAACAUGAACGCCUACGCGAAUUUCAUGUCCGCGCCCCAGAUCGAGACCGCCAACAUCCUCGCCACCAUCGUCGGCGGCGUCAUCAAGCUGCCCAUCGCCAAGCUCCUCAACGUCUGGGGCCGUGCCGAGGGCUUCUUCUUCUUCGUCUGGGUCUAUCUGGUCGGCAUGAUUAUCAUUGCCUGCAGCAACGGCCCCGACGCCUACGCUGCUGGCUACGUCAUCUACUGGGUCGGCUACGAUGCCAUCUACCUGAUCAUGGACGUCUUCGUUGCUGACACCUCCGGCCUGCGGAACCGAGCCUUCGCCUUUGCCUUUGUCGGCACCCCGUUUAUCUGCACCGCCUUCACAGCCCCGCUGGCUGCGCAGAGUCUACUGAACAUGACCACCUGGCGCUGGGGCUACGGGGCCUUUACCAUUGUAAUGUUCUUCGUCUUUACGCCCCUUGCCGUGGUCUUCAAGUUCUAUUCGCUCAAGGCCCAGAAGCUGGGUCUCUUCAAGCGCGAGAAGAGUGGGCGCAGCCUGGCCCAAUCUCUUGUGCAUUACUGUCAUGAAUUUGAUGUCGUCGGCUGUGCGAUCCUCAUGGCCGCCUUCAUCCUGUUCCUGCUGCCCUUCUCUCUGGAACAGUAUGGGAAGGCAGGCUACUCCUCAGCCAAGUUCAUCGCUAUGCUCGUCGUCGGUGUCUGCCUGUUCCCGGCCUUCUAUGUGUGGGAACGAUACUUUGCUCGACACCACUUCAUCCGUUGGGAGCUCUUCAGGAGCCGCACCGUCACUGGCGCCUGCUGUCUGUCCGCCAUCCUGUACUUCAGCUUCUACUCGUGGGAUCUAUACUACCAGAACUUCGUCAUAGUUGUAUACAACCUCGACCUGGCGAUGGGUGGCUACAUGGGCCAGAUCUACAAUGUCGGCUCCACAUUCUGGAGCGUCCUGUUUGGUAUCUGGGUGCGACAGACCAGGCAUUUCAAGUACACCGCGCUGUUCUUCGGCCUGCCGCUGAUGAUGCUGGGCGCCGGCCUCAUGAUCCACUUCCGCGGUGCGGACCAGGGCAUCGGCUACCUGAUCAUGUGCCAGAUCUUCAUCGCCUUUGCAGGCGGCACCCUCGUCAUCAGCCAGGACAUGGCUGUCAUGGCCGCAUCCGACCGCGACGGCGUGCCCAUGAUGCUGUCGCUGAUAGGCCUUGCCUCCAACAUAGGGGGAGCCAUCGGCCUGGCGACCACAGGGGCCAUUUUCAACAACACGUUCCCCCAGGCGCUGCUCAGGGCGCUGCCCGCCGAUGCCAAGGCCGGGUACAUGGACAUCGUCACCGGCGGUUACCUCACACAGAAAACGUACCCCGUGGGCAGCGCAGUCCGCACCGCAAUCAAUUAUGCGUGGGGCAACUACCAGAAGCAGAGCUGCAUCGCGGCCACCUCCAUUUUGGUUCUUGCUAUUCCCUCUAUUGUGGUUUGGAAGAACUAUAAUGUUGAUAGGAAGCAGAACAAGGGUGUGCUGAUUUGAGCAAGAUACCCUUCAGAUUUUUAAAAGGCAGGAUUGAGUCUUCUGGUCGAUUUCAAGGGUGAGGUGCAUGAUUUGUGAGCAUUUAACCAAAGGAUCUGGUAAUAUGUAAUAUAAUGCAGUUUUUCUGAGCUGAA